CUAUGAAAUACAGUUUCCUAUUUACUACAGCUUCAACUUCGAAUUCUCUUAUCGAAGUUCUUCUGCAAACCUGUUUGUAUCAAACUUCAAACCUAAGAGCAUCCAAAAUGAAACAAGUCUCCAUCUGGGUACUUUCUAUUUCAUUGUUUCUCAUUAAUCAUGUGACAAAUUCUGUUGAUGAUGGAGCCAGGGCUUCGUUGGUUGAAUUCCUUGAAGGAUUGUCUAGCAGCAAUGGUCAACCUGAUCCAAGUUUCGGUUGGAAUUUAUCUUCCGAUCCUUGCAGGGAUAAGUGGAAGGGAGUGCAAUGUGAUAAUAAGACUAACAAAUUGGUUAAAAAAAUUGUUUUUGAUAAUUUUAGUCUUUCAGGUUUUCUUAAUGCGACUGCUCUUUGCAAUGUACAAUCUCUUGCUGCGUCUCUUAUUGUUCUCAACCUUACUCGGAACAACAUUGGUGGUGUGAUCCAAGCUGAUAUUGCAAAUUGCAAACAACUCACUCGCUUGAUCUUGGGUGGGAACCAGUUCUCUGGGAACCUUCCAGACUCACUUGCAAUGCUAAGCAAUCUGAAACAACUUGAUAUAUCAAACAAUAGAUUUUCUGGUGACCUGCCAGGUUUGUCCAGGAUUUCAGGUCUCACAAUGUUCCUUGCUCAAAAUAAUCAGCUUACAGGGGAGAUCCCUGAAUUUGAUUUCUCCAAUCUUGAUCAAUUCAACGUCUCCAACAACUUCUUCAAGGGUCCUAUUCCUGAUACGAAAGGUAAAUUUCCUCCAAGCUGCUACCUAGGCAAUCCUGAAUUAUGUGGAGAAAUAUUGCAAAAGAAAUGUCCACCUUCCAAAAAGAAAUCAAAAGGUCUCUCCAGGAACCAGAUUCUUAUGUUCUUAGGGUAUAUUGCAUUGGGCUUGGCUAUUGUAGCUUUGAUUCUAUGCAGGUUCAAAAAGAAGAAAAGGGAGAAGGUUGAAGCUCCGAGUCCAAAUAAGGUAGCGUCAGUUGAUGAUGCUGUUGACAAGCCUAGUUUUACAUCAACCGAGUAUAAAACAGACAUGAGUAGAUCAGAAUUUUCGGUCAAUUCAGCUGAAAGUGCAUUGGUCUUGUCUUCACUGGUCGUUCUCACGAGUCCUACAGUAAGUGACUUGCAGUUUGAGGACUUGCUUAGAGCUCCUGCUGAGUUGCUUGGGAAGGGAAAGCACGGUACCCUCUAUAGAGUCGUAUUAGAGAAUGGGACAGCGCUGGCUGUGAAAAGGAUUAAAGGUUGGACAAUUCCAACUGAUGAUUUUAAGCAGAGAAUGCAAAGGCUAGACCAAGCAAAGCAUCCAAAUGUCUUGCCGGCUCUUGCCUUCUAUUGUUCAAAACAUGAGAAGCUCCUGAUCUAUGAAUAUCAGAUGAAUGGAAGUCUCUUCACGCUUCUCCAUGGAAACGAAAGGGGACAAAACUUUGAAUGGGCAAGCAGACUUGGUGUUGCAGCCAAAAUUGCAGAGGCAUUGGCCUUCAUGCAUGAGGAGCUUCAUAGCGAUGGAAUUGCUCAUGGUAACUUGAAAUCCUCAAACAUCAUGCUGAAAAGGGAUAUGGAACCUUGCAUAAGUGAAUAUGGUCUUAUGGUGGUGGAUCCUCAAGAAUCCUCUUCAAGUUCCAAUGUUAAUGGCAUCAAAGGAAUGCAACAAACUAAGGAUAGAGCAUCUAAUGCCUUCAAUGCAGACAUAUAUGGUUUUGGUGUGAUUCUGCUUGAGCUACUAACUGGAAGACUGGUUCAGAAUGAUGGAGUUGAUUUAACUUCAUGGGUUCACUCAGUGGUUCGCGAAGAAUGGACUGUAGAAGUUUUCGACAAGUCUCUAAUUUCAGAAGGUGCAAGUGAAGAGAGGAUGCUGAAUCUGCUGCAGGUGGCUAUAAAAUGUGUUAACCACUCUCCUGAGGCCAGGCCAAGCAUUAACCAAGUUGUUGCCAUGAUCAACACCAUAAAGGAGGAAGAAGAUAAAUCACUAGUCCUAUUCCAGGAACCAUAAUCUACAAACUGCUUUCCUCCAUUAAUCAGACGAAGAUUCAUGCGAAGACCGUAAAUGAAAUUUCCAGAUCCAUAUGUUUUCUUUCAAAUCUUUCAUUACAGUUAGUCCAGCAUUUAGUAAAAUUUGAUUUUGCAGAUAAUAUAUGUUCUUUUAACUCAA